AUGGCCACGGAGAAGAGUUUCGCCAAAGGGAGUGCAGCCCCAGGCCCAGUGCCCAAAGGCCACAUCAGACUGUUCAGCAUGAGAUUCUGCCCAUUUGCCCAAAGAACCAGGCUCGUGCUCAAUGCCAAGGGGAUCAAGCACGAAACAAUUAACAUUAGCUUGAAGGACAAACCGGACUGGUUUCUGGAGAAGAACCCUCUUGGACUUGUCCCGACUCUGGAGACAGAAGCUGGGGAAGUGCUGUACGAGUCGCCCAUCACAUGUGACUAUCUAGAUGAGGUGUACCCACAGAACAAGCUGCUCCCACAAAGUCCCUUUGAGAAGGCUCAGCAGAAGAUGAUGUUGGAGCAUUUCUCUAAGGUUCCACCAUAUUUCUACAAGAUUAUAAUGGCAAAAAAGAAUGGCGAGGACAUCUCUGGACUUGUUUCUGAACUGAAAGAAAAGUUUGUGAAACUUGAUGAGGAUCUGGUUAAAAAGAAUACCAAGUUCUUUGGUGGGGAUUCCAUCACGAUGAUUGAUUAUAUGAUGUGGCCGUGGUUUGAAAGACUUGAGACUAAUGAACUCAAAGAUCUUUUGGAAAGCACUCCUGAACUAAAAAAGUGGUGUGGACGCAUGCAAGAAGAUCCUGCAGUCAAAGCAUCGUCGUACAGCACAGACACCUACAAGGCUUUUUAUAAAACCGCUUACAUUGAGGGAAAACCAGACUAUGACUAUGGCCUUUAA